AUUUUCUAGGCCCGACGGCGGACUUCAAGGCCGCGCGGCCCGGGCGUUCGCUGGGGAGGAGGGGUCCCGCGGGGCCCCACGGGAGUCGUAGUCCGGCGCGCAGGGAUCACCGGGAGCUGUAGUCCGUCCCGCCUGCCCAGUCAGCGCGGUGCUGCCCGCCCCGCACUCGGAGCACAGAGCCGCAACCCAGGAAGGGGAUGCGGAAGCCCUUGGCUCGGUGGAGCGGAGAGGCAGGCGGGCAGGAGCCGAGGACGGCAUGUCCCAGGCCCCGGGAGCACAGCCGAGCCCACCCUCUGUGUACCACGAACGGCAGCGCCUGGAGCUAUGUGCCGUCCACGCCCUCAACAACGUUCUGCAGCAGCAGCUCUUUAGCCAGGAGGCUGCCGAUGAGAUCUGCAAGAGGUUGGCCCCAGACUCCCGGCUGAACCCUCAUCGCAGCCUCCUGGGCACCGGCAACUAUGACGUCAACGUGAUCAUGGCCGCUCUGCAGGGGCUGGGCCUGGCCGCCGUGUGGUGGGACAGGAGGAGGCCCCUGUCCCAGCUGGCCCUGCCCCAGGUGCUGGGACUAAUCCUGAACCUGCCCUCGCCCGUGUCUCUGGGGCUGCUGUCACUGCCGCUACGCCGGCGGCACUGGGUGGCCCUGCGCCAGGUGGAUGGCAUCUACUACAACCUGGACUCCAAGCUGCGGGCGCCCGAGGCCCUGGGGGACGAGGACGGAGUCAGGGCCUUCCUGGCGACUGCGCUGGCCCAGGGCCUGUGUGAGGUGCUGCUGGUGGUGACCAAGGAGGUGGAGGAGAAGGGCUGCUGGCUUCGGACAGACUGAUCUCAGCUGACCGUCGGCGCCCACAGCACAGUCCCUGCGCGUCCCCCUCUGACUGUGCACACUGCGUGCCUGGGAAAGGCCUGGGGAGGCCUGCCCCCUCCCCACACCCCUGCUCCCCACUGCCGCUGCUGCCUCAAUAAAUCUGCUGAUUUUCUGCC